UGAAAAUUCGUUGCAAAAUGGCGGAGGGUUUGUCAACACCGUCCGAAGCAAAGUUUACUGGAAAAGGCAAGUCUACUCGCUCCGGUUCAAGGGCCGGAAACAGCAGUAAGUCUGCUCGCACGCCUUGGCUUUCAAGAAGGCACACACCGUACAUGAAAACACCAAAAACAGGCCGCACUUCGCGAAGCCAGCCAGAAAGUACACAAGUCAGAGAAAACAUUCGAUCACGUGAAGCUACGAGGGAAAUCGAUAGAAGUGUAUCAACUCCAAAGGUUUCCGAAAGAUCACCAAGUCUCAUUUCAAUAACGGAAGAAAGUUACGAACAAGCUAAAGGUCCCGUUCAAGAGAUUGUGGGUAAAACGCUUCGAGUUUACCAGACUUCACCCCUUUACAACUUUGCUCGCCAGGACAAGGCUGCUUUGAAAAGUUACGGAGAACAACUGUCCGCGAAUUUACAAUUAGACACAGAGAAACAACUGUUCAUUGAAGAAAGCGGUGACUUGAAAGAUAGAAGAUUCAAGGCAAAUUUCUCUGUUUUUAAAGAUCAUUCAGCUGAAGGGACAAAAUUUUCAGCUGUUAAAAUUGUCGUUUACAGUUUUGACACCUCGAAACCUACCCAAACAAAAUCGAUUUCUCCGAGUUUGACAACAGUGCUUUGCUCUGUUGGAAACGAAGAAGAACAGAGCAGCAGACUUCAAGAUAGCUUUACUUGUCUACCGAUCUGUCUAAUCAACGGGCCCGUGAAUCUUGCGAGAAGUUUGAUCAGCUGGUUCGAAAGCAAGUUUGACUGUAGGAUUACGCCUAUGACUUUUUCAUCCCUCGAUCUUGGUUGGUAUUUUUCACUUUGGGCUGGAAUGGCUUCCACUGGAAAAUCUGCACCGAUUGAGCUUUGCUAUGACGCGUCUUCAGUAAGCGGUCUUAGCAGAAUUCUUUUCAGCAUUGACAAGAAGGACGCCAGAGACCUUUGGGAGAGUGUUCACAGUAACAACUCGCUAAUUUUUACAGAAGAGGAAUCAACGACAUUUCUCAAGGCUUUAGAAUCUCACUUUUAUCAUCAUUUUAGAAUCAAUUUGGAAGGAUUACCUCUAACAAGGGUGAGGACAGCUAUUGCUUAUAUUGCUUCUGAAGGAAAGCUCAAGAUUGUUCAUCCUAGCUACACAGACCACAUUUUAGAACAACUUACAAAAGCUGCCUUGACAAAGGAGCUUUAUGGAAGACUGUGAAGAUAACAAGGAACAUGAAGACACUACAAAGUUGCUUUAAUUUUACCUUUUAAGAUUCUGAAGUAGACUCUUACACGUAUGUACACAGCUUCCUUACGACUUGUCACGCAAUCUUUCCUACCUAACGCUCGUUGUGUGACAAGACAACAGAAUGCCCUGAUAACAGGGAGCCCCCAUGAUCCAUGGACUACAGUUCUAGGACCGUCAAUCAAAUGUAAACAGGGACUUCUAGCUAUGUACACCAACAGAAUUUUUACAUGUUUUAUGGUAAUAAUAUUUUUAUUUCAUAGUCAACUUACAUUGUAUCUCCAUACUAGCAUGUAUGAAUUUGUAAAAUUUUAUUUCUUACUACAUAUAAAACAUGAGUUGGCAUAUGUUUUAUGCAAGGACUUUUUACAAGUAAGUUUUCUUAUUUAAUCAGCUAUUGUACAUAACACUAUUGCUAUCAAAGUAUCAAGCUCGAUUGAAGAGAAUAUUUGUUAAUAAAACUGCAUUGUAUCAACAUAGUAAGAGUGAAAGCACCUAAGAAUGAUGCAGUAAUGAUACAUUUUCUUGCUCUCCCAAAAUUCCAGUUGUGUUUCUAAGACUUGAUAGAAACACAGGGAAAAUGUUUCUAUUUUUUUUUUUUAAUUACAGAUUAAAAGGCCUGUCAUUAAGUUUUGAGUCACCUGUUGCAUUGAUCUUCACACCCAUAACAAAAUUGUUACUUUGUGGGUGAAUUCUGUCAACAACAGGUAAUGUUACCUGUAGCAUCGAGGGAAAAUCAAGCACACUGCCAUAACAGGUGUUACAGGUUUUGGCCCUUAACGACAGUCCUGGUUUAUGAUGAUAAGUGUUUAGUACAUUUAAAAGUGAUUUCCAUUUCACACAGUGCACUUGUGAGUGUUUGUUUUGUUUUAUGUAAGAUGUCACAAAAUGCAACAUUUCACAAACUCCUUACAUGAUGUAAAUUCAACCUUUAUGCUUCAUUAUUUAUGAUACUACUAAAUGAAACAACUUUGUAGCUGUAGAAAUCAAAGAAAUUGUUGGACAAAAGAAUUUAAAAUGUUACUAAUACUACAAAGACAUGGUAAGAGAUUGGUAAGA